AGCAACACAGGGCAUUGCAAUAUGUCAGUCCAUGGCCUUGUCCACUGUUGAGAUGAGGCCACACUUAGGUUGGAGUAACAACACCUUAUAUUCCUUCUGGGUAGCCUCCACCCUCAUCACAUGAACAUCGAUUUCUCGAACUUCUGGUAAUAUCCCCCACCAUUCCCUCCUUCACCUGUCCUCUUCCCCUUUUCCUUCUCUCACCUCAUCUCUGUGCCUGCCCAUUGCCUCCCUCUGGCACACCUGCCCCCUUUUCUUUCUUCCAUAGCCUUCUAUCCCCAGCUCUCAGACUUCCCCGUCUCUAACCCUGUAUCUAUUUCACCAAUCAACUUCCCAGCUGUUUACUCCGUUUCCUCCCCCCCCCAAGGUUUCACCUAUCGCCAUAUUUCCCUCUAAGCUGUGCGUGUGUGCACAUGCACACAUUUUCCAACCAGUGCACAAAGGAAAUUAAUGUGCGCACAAAAGCAUGGCCGCAUCUAACUCGAUGGCAGCUGACUACACCUAUCCAGAGAUUGAAUUGUUUGUCAAGGCUGGUGGAGACGGUGAAAGCAUUGGAAACUGCCCAUUCUCCCAGCGGCUCUUUAUGAUCCUUUGGCUUAAGGGCGUGAUAUUUAAUGUCACCACAGUCGACCUGAAGAGGAAGCCUGCCGAUUUGCAAAAUCUGGCUCCUGGCACCAAUCCUCCGUUUUUGACCUUCAAUGGAGAGGUGAAAACAGAUGUUAACAAGAUAGAAGAGUUCCUGGAAGAAAAGUUGUUGCCACCAAGGUAUCCAAAGCUUUCUGCCAGGCAUCCGGAAUCUAAUUCCGCAGGAGCUGAUGUUUUUGCCAAAUUCUCAGCCUACAUUAAAAACACCAGGAAAGACAUAAAUGAGAGUUUGGAAAAAGCCUUGCUGAAAGCUCUGAAGAAACUGGACGAUUAUUUAAACACACCUUUACCUGAAGAGAUAGACGCUAACAGCACAGAGGAAGAACUUUGUUCCCGUAGGAAGUUCCUUGAUGGAGAUGACUUGACCUUGGCAGAUUGUAACCUCCUGCCAAAGCUUCACAUUAUCAAGAUUGUAGCAAUGAAAUAUCGAAAUUUUGAAAUCCCAAAAGAAAUGACUGGAAUAUGGAGAUACUUGAAGAAUGCUUAUGAGAGGGAGGAAUUUGUAAAUACGUGCCCUGCUAAUCGCGAGAUACAGGUCGCGUACCUGGAUGUUGCAAAGAGAAUGAAGUAAAUCCGUUUAUAAAGCUUGGAAUGUACGCUUGAACUGUGUGGUUCACUGCCCAGCAGUGAAUCAAAAUCCCUCCAUUUCAAACAAAAUGUAUUAUAAAGGGUUAAUUUUUGUGCUUGUUCAAUAUCUUCACCACCACUGUGGCCUUGAACAUGCGUGAACUGGUCGUGGGAGUUUUGAUUGAAACCAUGGGAUACAAUACAACCGUGAGAUUGCAAGACUAUGGGAAUGCGGCUAUGAGAACACAAAAUCAGGUGAACACAGGGCUGGGGCCGUGAAAUGUGGUGACAAGUGAUGAUUGGUUCCAGAUUGCUGGUUUGAGCUGGUGUUAAUGUAUGGGUUUUGGUUCGGAGAUUUGAGCUGGUGUUAAUAUAUUGGUUUUGGUUCGGAGAUCUGAGCUGGUGUAAUGUAUUGGUCCACUUACUGCAGUGAUUCAUAUUGGUGGAAUGGGUAUAAAAUGGCUGGGGGCCUGAGAGUAGUUCUUCAAGGCCUCAGAGACAGGCUGGUCGCGAACAGCGCCGCUGAUUGGCAGAACGGGAGUGGUGCUGCAGUAAAAGGGCCCCGUGCAUACCUAGUUAAGUAUGUUAAUGCUUGGUCUGUUCUGUCCUAAUAAACAUAGUCUUAAGUAGAUAAUUGGUGUUUGUGUCUAUCUGUCCGUCCAAGGAACUUCUGGUGUAACAAAACACAAAGGGGCAAACUUUUCACCUUUUUCACUUUGAGAUUUGCACUUAGCUACAGGACUGUGCAAAGGUCUUAGGCACAUACAAUAUACGUAGCUAGAGUGGCUGAGGCUACGUCCACACUAGACCGGAUAAUUUUGAAAACGCCAGUUUCGAUUAAAAACGACAGGCGUCCACACUAAGCGUUUUUCAAAGUAUCUCUGUCCACACCAAAACGGAUAUUUGGGCGAAUCUCCUCCUGCUGGGCACGCGCAGGCACAUCUACAAAAAACAAGCAAAGAGGAAGCAGUAUAACAUUUACGUUUCCAUGGCGGCGUAAUGCUAUUUCCAUUGGUCAAAAACUAGAGUACCUACAACAACAGCGAAAGAAAGUUUUCAAAAAUGUCUUCAAAGAAUACAAAGAAAACCUCAGCUGGAAAAAUCAGACCGGACUUCUUCAUUUAGACAGACAAUGAAGUCGAGCUGUUUCUGCGAGUUACAAAUGACUACAAAGUCAGCAAAGCAGUGGAGAUGUUUAAUUCCAAACAAGCUAUUAACGUAGACAAUAAAGUAAACAACACACGCAUGAAGCCGUCCUCUACCCAAGAUCAACAAGAGAGUGGAAUCUUCUGCCGCCAGACCUGCACAGUAUUUCUGACAUUAAUAUUUUUAAAGACAGACUCAAUCAAAUCAAUUUAGGGGAUCCAGUCAAAAAAGCUCACUUUACAAUUUAACUCUCACGCCGUUCACACCGACUGUGCGUUAUAACAGCUGUCUGGCAGUACCAAGCGGAAGCAGAAAAAGCGUUGUUGUGGUGUUGUCAUGAUAAUGUUUUUAAAUCUGUCCGUUUGUCCUGUCCACACUACAACAUGAAACAAUCAUUUUCAAACUUACACACUCGGGAGAGUGUUUUCGAAAAUUUCCGUUUUCGGGGAAUGAAAACACCGUUUCAGUGUGGACGGAGGGUCAAAAUGAAG